AUGACUUCCAUCAUCACACCAAACGAGGUAGUCGCUUCUGGCGAGAUCGCCAACACAUUCGCCCGAGCCCCAAGCACUCUGGGCCGACCGGGCCCAGUCAAGAGGGUGCAGAAAGGACCACGCGUGGUCAUCAACAAGGCCAAGAACCUCGCAAGCCUGGGCAGUCGCCCCUGGGAUAACGCAUCGCGACAGAUACUGGUCGACGAGCAUACUCUCCACGAGACGUGGGAGCCUGUGGCCCAAUUGCUGGAGCGAAGCAAUCAAGCUCUCAGGAGCGAAUGGAACAAGAUGAAGAGCGGCCAACGUGAGAAGGAGGGCAACUGGAAAGAGAAGGUCGAGAUUUGCGAGGCACACCGCAAGAUUACAUUCUCCUCGGGGUCAAGUAUCAGAGAUACCACCACGACAGCUCCUGCCACCAACGCUGCCGCAACAGGCAGUGUGCCCAACGGCACGUUGCUACUGAUCAAGGUAGCAGAGUCUAUCAACAGCGGUGUACUGUUGAGUGGCGGCCAUGGGGGAGUGGCCGGACGCAAAGUGGGUUCUCCAAGCGGCAAGAAACAGGGGCCCAACAAGAGGUAUCCUAGACCUGCACAGCAUGGGGAUAAGUUACAGGCAAAUGAUCCGGAGACCACGCUUGCGUCGCUCCAAGCGAACGUGAUCCAAUCCUCGGGUAUCUGUCGCAAGGCAAGAACUUGA